GAUUAAUCUGUAUUCAGUGAGUGGUAAUAUAACAGCUUAAAAUCAACUCAAUCUAGUAAAUAGAUCAAUCUUGUAUUCAGUGAGAACUAAUAUAACAGGAUCACAGUUGCAGCGGGUGACUGGGGUAAAAUCUGUAGAUGAACCGGAAGCGAAAAGCAUAGAUGAAAUUAUACAAGCAGCAUCCAUGCAAGCUGAUGAGCCUGUUGUUGAUGGAAGAAAGAGUGAAGUAUUGGUAGAACUGGAUAUGGUUAUGAGUGUUGAUGAUUAUGAAAGGAUCUAUGAUAUAAAGGAAGAUAAUGAUAAUACAAUAUCUAGUAAAAGAAUCAAGAGGAAAGCUGUACGAGAAACAUAUGGUGGACUGCUGUGGCCAGAUUCUAUUAUACCUUAUACACUGGCUUCAAAUACUUUUAGUUAUUCGCAAGAAAGAUAUAUAGAGGAAGCUAUUGAUGAAUGGGAAAAGUAUACCUGUAUUAAAUUUAGAAAAGUCAACAACAAUGAACAGAGGAAAAUCGUUUUUCAAAAUGGAAACGGCUGCUGGUCUUAUAUUGGGAUGAAAAGAGGAUAUGCAACACAGUUUAUAAACCUGGCCCCGAACUGUAGAUAUACAUCGGUCAUUCUCCAUGAAAUAGGCCAUGCGAUUGGAUUUUUUCACGAACACACCCGACCUGAUAGAGAUGAGUUUGUGUAUAUUUUAGAACAGAACUUACAGUCUAGUAUGAUGUAUAACUUUAAGAAAUACACUUGGUCCAGUAUCAACAGUCAUGGUGUACCUUACGACUACACCAGUAUAAUGCAUUACGGAAAAAGGGCUUUCUCUAAAAAUGGCGGAGUUACCGUAGCAACGAAAGAUUCGUCUUAUCAAAAUAGAAUUGGUAGUUACCAGCAUUUGAGUUUCAGAGACAUCAAGACAGCUAAUUCCAUGUACGAAUGUAAACCAAGUUGGUGUAGAUAUACUGAUAAUGAUUGUCCUGGAGAAGGUUUUAUUGGUAAAGAUUGUAGAUGUUGGUGUCCUGGUUCUCCAUUUAAACUAUGUAACUUUAUAAACACACAACCAACAACAACUACAAGACGUACCACUACAACCACCCGACGACCGACCACAACCACAAGACGCCCGACCACAGCAACAACAAUUGGUGAAUGUCGAGAUAAGAAUCAGCGAUGUCCUACAUGGGCCAAGAAUAAUUACUGUAAAUCAUACUAUAAUUAUAUGAGUGUUUACUGUAUAAAAUCCUGUGAUUUUUGUUCUGGAGUGAUCACACCACCACUUCCUCCAGUUGAAAAGUGUGAGAACAAUGACGAACAUUGUACGUAUUGGACACGACAAGGCUACUGUCAACAUGAAAAAUAUAAAUGGUACCUGACGAAGAAUUGUAUGAAGUCGUGUGGUAUAUGUACAAUGAUAGGCUAAUUGUAAUUUGUGCAAGGAUGAUAAUUCCUACUGCCCGAAGAUUACAUCAAUGGUCUAUAUAAGUAAACGUGUCAGCUGUCAUGUAAUUAAUGUACGAC